AUGAACAACGCAUUUUGUGAGGAUGUAUCUCGUGCGUUCGGUGAACAUGGAGAAAGAUCUGAAAGAGGAACUAAACAGGAGGCAAAGAGCAGCUUGGACCGUUUUCGUGCCCUUAAAGGAAGCUACAAACCAGCUGACGGUCCCAGAGCUCCGAGCCCACCUGUUGUUCUCCCUGAGCUCUGUUACACAGCAGAGACGUGGUCUGACAUGUGUCUCAUUGAAGGCACUCCAAACAACCCUCUGGAAGGACGUCAUUUGAAAUAUCGACGAGAUCAAUGUCUCGUCUUCGCAAAUAACGCAUUAACGUCUUUGAGGCGAGACAUCGGUGGACUGCUCAUAUAA